UCCAAGUUGAGCAGGGAAUAACUGGAAAGAUCUAUCGAUGGGAUAACGGAACAAUUUCUCCUACAAAGUUCAUGGCCACUUCACCAGCUUUUCAACUAGCUUCAGUGUAUCAUUGCCAGAGCGUUUUCUACACCGUGUCUCACGAUGUCAGAAAGGGAAAAUGCGAAAAGGACUGGGGAAUCCUUCGUUUCCGUCAUGGUCCCGGCAGUACUUCCUCUCUAACUAUGGGAUCUCAUGAUCGAAGACUGGCGACGCAGAGCUUUAAUCAGGCAUGGGCCUGGGACCUUUUCCCCGAUGCACUUCGCUCUCAGGACGUGACAGGUGAUCAAGGCGGUCUCAAGGGAAAUUUAGCCCUUAUUCUUGCUCUGGCGGCAUUCUCGGCUCAGCCCAAUAACGUGGAAGACGCGUUGAAGACCGGUUUCAAGAAAGGUCAUUGGGUGCGUCAUAAUCUACCUGAUGGCAGACGCGACGAACGAGGUGUCGUCGUUUUAGUCUAUGAGGACCCUGGCAGAUCGUCCGCAUCGAUCUUGCGGGGCUUUGAAGAGGGCUUGGUCUUUGCCUAACUUGGCGAAACCACGUCGCUAUGCUAAGACCAUGGGUAACGUCUUAGUUCUAGCAUAACAGGAGAGUGCUGCCUUUAACCGGCGUGCUGGAGUUCAUCAUGCUCCCCCGACGUAGGUUGAUUUGCACACUUUCAAAGGUUCAGCAGCCGCUUUGCUCUUCUACGCGUUCUCGAACACUCUUUGAAUUUGUUGGCCACCUCGUUAAUCGUAUCAUCUCAUGAGAUGAUUGCCAGCGAGGGGCCCAUGUCUCAUUUAUCGUCCAGCGGUACUCGCUCUUUAAUGCCCAACCGCCAAUGUCAUUCCUGCACUCCUUAUGGCACAAAUCCCCCACCAG